AUGGCGUCUACAGACGUCACUGCUUGGAGGGGAUUGGCUCCUAAAGAGGCUAAGGUGAAGACGUUGAGAUCCAGCGGGAAUGUGAUUGGUAAACCUCAAGCAGGUGCAACCAAUCACCAGGAAGAGAAGAUAGGUACCCAAAACCAGGAGAUUGGUGGCUUUCCUUGCUCAAGUUGCACGCCCACCCGCUCAAGUUGCACGCCCACCCGCCCUCAGUUGCACGCCCACCCGCCCUCAGUUGCACGCCCACCACCCCCAGUUGCACGCCCACCAGCCCCAGUUGCACGCCCACCCGCCUCUGUUGCACGCCCACCAGCCCCAGUUGCACGCCCAACCGCCCCAGUUGCACGCCCACCCGCCCCCAGUUGCACGCCCACCAGCCCCCAGUUGCACGCCCACCAGCCCCAGUUGCACGCCCACCCGCCUCAGUUGCACGCCCACCAGCCCUCAGUUGCACGCCCACCAGCCCAGUUGCACGCCCACCCGCCUCAGUUGCACGCCCACCAGCCCCAGUUGCACGCCCACCCGCCUCAGUUGCACGCCCACCAGCCCUCAGUUGCACGCCCACCAGCCCUCAGUUGCACGCCCACGCGCUACAGUUGCACGUCCACCAGCCCCAGUUGCACGCCCACCAGCCCUCAGUUGCACGCCCACCCGCCCCAGUUGCACGCCCACCCGCCCCAGUUGCACGCCCACCCGCCCCAGUUGCACGCCCACCAGCCCCAGUUGCACGCCCACGCGCUACAGUUGCACGUCCACCAGCCCCAGUUGCACGCCCACCCGCCCUCAGUUGCACGCCCACCAGCCCUCAGUUGCACGCCCACCAGCCCUCAGUUGCACGCCCACCAGCCCCAGUUGCACGCCCACGCGCUACCGUUGCACGUCCACCAGCCCCAGUUGCACGCCCACCCGCCCUCAGUUGCACGCCCACCAGCCCUCAGUUGCACGCCCACCCGCCCUCAGUUGCACGCCCACCCGCCCUCAGUUGCACACCUACGCCCCCAGUUGCACGCCCACCAGCCCUCAGUUGCACGCCCACCCGCCCUCAGUUGCACGCCUACGCCCCCAGUUGCACGCCCACCCGCCCUCAGUUGCACGCCCACCAGCCCCAGUUGCACGCCCACCCGCCCUCAGUUGCACGCCCACCCGCCCUCAGUUGCACGCCCACCCGCCCUCAGUUGCACGCCCACCAGCCCUCAGUUGCACGCCCACCAGCCCUCAGUUGCACGCCCACCCGCCCUCAGUUGCACGCCCACCCGCCCUCAGUUGCACGCCCACCCGCCCUCAGUUGCACGCCUACGCCCCCAGUUGCACGCCCACCAGCCCUCAGUUGCACGCCCACCCGCCCUCAGUUGCACGCCUACGCCCCCAGUUGCACGCCCACCCGCCCUCAGUUGCACGCCCACCAGCCCAGUUGCACGCCCACCCGCCCUCAGUUGCACGCCCACCCGCCCUCAGUUGCACGCCCACCCGCCCUCAGUUGCACGCCCACCCGCCCUCAGUUGCACGCCCACCAGCCCUCAGUUGCACGCCCACCUGCCCUCAGUUGCACGCCCACCAGCCCUCAGUUGCACGCCCACCCGCCCUCAGUUGCACGCCCACCUGCCCUCAGUUGCACGCCCACCAGCCCUCAGUUGCACGCCCACCAGCCCUCAGUUGCACGCCCACCAGCCCUCAGUUGCACGCCCACCAGCCCUCAGUUGCACGCCCACCAGCCCUCAGUUGCACGCCCACCAGCCCUCAGUUGCACGCCCACCAGCCCUCAGUUGCACGCCCACCAGCCCUCAGUUGCACGCCCACCAGCCCCCAGUUGCACGCCCACCAGCCCCCAGUUGCACGCCCACCAGCCCCCAGUUGCACGCCCACCAGCCUCAGUUGCACGCCCACCCGCCCUCAGUUGCACGCCCACCAGCCCUCAGUUGCACGCCCACCAGCCCUCAGUUGCACGCCCACCAGCCCUCAGUUGCACGCCCACCAGCCCUCAGUUGCACGCCCACCAGCCCUCAGUUGCACGCCCACCCGCCCUCAGUUACACUAUGA